AUGAAGUCAGAAUUUGCCGACUAUGAUCCUGACAGGUUGUUGGAGCUUUACGAGUCAAUCACUAAAGCCCUUCUCCAAGAAGAAUAUGACGACAUGCAAAGAAUGGAAGAUGAGCAGUUAGCAGCAGACGUGGAGGAGUUUCUAAACCCACCAGUUUAU